AUGUUCUUUUCUCGUAAAACAAUGACAACAUGUCGGAAUGUUUAUCAACGAAAACGAAUUCACAGGGAGCAUGGAGAUGAUUACAUUAAAGAAAUGGAAAAUUUAAUGAUGGAUCAUUUAGAAUCAUCUUCUAAAACCUACAUCACUGUUAUUUCAAUUUCUACCAGCCAUGUUUUCAAUACUACUGAGUGUCAAUCAAUCUUUCAAUAA